AUGUUUGUAUUAGCAUAUCGGUGUUUAAAUACACUUCCAGCAUUUUUAUUCGCGAACAUGUUCCUUUUUAUUGCUUUUGCAAACACAUACAACCAUUUGCACACUCCCAAAAACGUGGAUUGGGCUUCUAUGAUGAGCUUAAAUGAUAAUAGGAGUGUAGAAGAUUGGAGGGCGUUGGAAGAUAUCACGCAAGACUAUACUCCGGAGAUCCCAAAAAAUCAGAACAAGCAAAAUGUUAGAGAAAUGCAAGAAGCUGAUUUUAACGAAAACUACAAUCCCGACUACACCAAGCGUGAUACCAUAAUAAGGAAUGAAGUGUUUGAUUGGAUGCUCAGCAAAAACGAUUUUAGUCCGGUAGAGCAUGAAAUAAAGAAUAUGAUACGGAAAGAUCACGAAGACUACAAAAAUACCUUAGCUGAAAUUGGCAUACUCCCAAACAUAGACUAUUUGAACGAAAUGCAAGCGGCUUUAAACGAUAAAGAUGUAGGUCCGGAACAGAAGGAAGAAAUUGCACAUAAUAUUGAGGUUCAAAAGCAAAAGAAUUUUCUCCUAAACAGGUUUGAAGGUGAUUCGUACGAUGAUGUUGAUUAA